UGUCAAACCGGGUUAAGUCAUUCGGUCGGUUUGACAAGGGGUUUGGGGUUUAAUGAUCGGAUCGGGGUUCAACCGGGUUAAGCCGGUUUUUCCACCCUCCUCACCCCACUUCACUCAAGUUCUUCACUGCCCUUUCUCUAGGUCCAAAUUCAAUGGAUCCACCUCCGCUCCACAUCGUCUUCCUCCCUUUCAUGGCUCAAGGCCACAUGAUCCCAAUCACAGACAUGGCGAGGCUCUUCGCCCGCCGCGGCGUCAAGUCAACGAUCAUCACAACUCCCCUCAACGCCUCUCUCUUCUCCGGCAAGAUCCGCCGCGACGCCCAAUUGGGUCUUCCAAUCGAAACCCACAUUAUCGAAUUCCCCUGUGCAGAGGCAGGGCUGCCGGAUUGCGAGAACGUCAACGCCAUCAAAUCCCCCGAGCUCACGAUCCCGUUCUUCAAGUCCAUGGCCGUUUUCCAGCGCCCUGUCGAGGAUCUCCUCCGGCAGUGGCGGCCGGAUUGCAUCGUCGCCGACGUCUUCUUCACCUGGGCUACAGAGACCGCCGACAGACUCUGCAUCCCGAUGCUCUUCUUCAACGGAACCGGGGCAUUCGCCGUGUCUUUGCUUCACGCCCUCAAACUCCACGAGGCUUGCAGCGGCGAGGAGUGGCGACUGGAGCGCCGACGUGGCGUGACGAGAGGAGCGCCGACGGCGAGCGGCUGCUGUGCUGGGGCAGGUGUUCUCUGCUCUGCGGGCUGGUCUCGACGAGGGAGGAGGUUUGGGAACGGCGGCGCAAUAGAUAGGGUUCUCUGCUGGCUGGGCUCGACGAGGGAGGAGCCAAAACGACGCCAUCUUCCUCAAAACCGGUAGCCGGAUCAGUCCGGUCAGACCCCGGUUUUGACCGACUACCGGCCAGCUCUAAAUAUGGCUGGAUCUGACCCUUUUAGUGUCCGGUUUCGGCCAGACCCGGUUCGAUCGGCCGGUUGGACCCCGGUUUGACAACCAUGCUUAUUAUUGAAAUUGAAUGGUAAACUUUAAAUAAUUCAAAAUAAAGUAGAAACAUGAGAUAUUAAACAACAAUGAAAACAUGAAUUAGCACAAUUGUCAUGUCGGUGGCAUGCCGGUCGGUUGAAUCUGAUUCAACCAGUAUUGGUCAUGAAAUCGUUGUGAACAUCACCCGUAUGAAAUAAAUGAUCGAUUUACAAAUUCUAAACCAAAUGACGCCGUUUUAGUGAAUUUUCUUGGAACCCUCUUGAAAAAAAAAAAUUAGAGCAAUAUCUGAGGUUUCAAGCAAGUUGCUAUUACACCAAACAACCACCAUACACAAAUUCUCCUUCUCAUAAAUAAUCAUAAAAGCAUUCAUUCAUCGUCAUAGAGAAGCAAUCAAUCAAAUGACGACAUCAUUAAGGGACGUUUAAAAAAAUGCAAGGAAUAUCCCCUCACACUUAAGAGAUACAUUUGUCUUUAAUUUGACAGAUUAAGUCAGAGUUUACGAGAUUACCAUUGGGUGAGUUGUAGGCGGGGUUGUUAAACUGAGUAACCGCAUAAACGCAUUCAUUAAACUCGGGUACUUGGCUAACAAAAAACCCUUCCAAGAGCCUCGGUUACCGGUGUCGCUUGAUUAUAAUGGACUUGGCCGAUAAUCAGGCGGUUGUCGAUAAAUAACCGAUCACUGAUCGUGCCCUGCACUAACCGCUACGACUUAGACACACAAGCAUUAAUAAGGAACAAUGUCGUUCUCCCUCCACUCCCACUCCCACAUUGUGACUCCCAAUUCUACCCAAAAAACAUAUUGAUAAAUGACAACUCUAAUCUUAAUACUCCACGAAAGAUAUACACAAUUGUAUUCAAGGAAAGCACAAUUGUAUUCAAGGAAAGAAAACAUAUACACAAAUUGUAUCAAAACAAUAAUAAAAACAAUAAUAAAAAACAAUAGCAUGCAGGUACCCCCGUGGUUUAGUAGGCCUCGAUGUAGCUCAUGGUUGUCACGCCGGCCGACGUGUCACUGGUUGAACCUGGUUCAACCUGUACCGGUCAUAAAACCGGUAUGACAUCACUGGUAUGACCGACAUAAUUGAUAUACGAAUCUCUAAGUAAAUGAUGUUAUAUUAGUGAAUUUAUUUGAUAAAAAGUAAUUUAUUAUUUAUUUUAUGUGUUAAAAAGUUAAAUGUUGAUGUUAUUUGUUGGAUUCAAGUACAAAUAUUUAGGUAUUGACGUUAAAUGUCGUGCUUAAAUAUGAGUAUUUGUAAAUUAUUUGUAAUAUUAACCGGCAUGAACCGGCACAAACCGAUAUGUACCACCAGUCGAGUCAUUCCACUUACUAAACGGCAUACUGACACAAACCGGUUUGACAACCUUGUGUCGCUCAAGCGGCAUGUGGGGCUGAAAUUCCUAGGUUAUCAAAUAUAAAAACAAUAACAAAAGCGAAUGAGUAAAAUAAUCAUAAAGCG